AUGUCAACUACACGUCCUGUUCGCACAGCAAUCAUAGGACUGUCGUCUUCCGCCGUCACGUCUUGGGCCGCGGAUGCACAUUUACCAGUCCUUGUAAGUGGCCGCUACAGUGACCUUUUUACAAUUACCGCGCUUUGUAACAGCGGCGUGGCAGCUGCGGAAUCUGCCAUCCAGCACUAUCACCUUGAUCCUUCAGUAGUGAAGCCCUAUGGCAAUCCUGCAGAUCUCGCUGCUGACCCUGAUGUUGAGCUUGUUCUAUGCAACACACGGGUUGACAAGCACUACGAGACUAUUCUUCCUAGCGUUCAAGCCGGAAAAUCCGUCUAUAUCGAAUGGCCGAUAGCUAGUAAUCUGGCGCACAUUGAAGAACUAGUCGCAGCUUAUCGGGCUAACAAUAAUCCAUCUCAACUGGCUGCCGUUGGCCUCCAGGGCCGAUUCGCUCCUCCGGUUGUGAAGAUUAAGGAGAUUCUUCAAUCCGGAAGACUUGGGAAAUUAUUGAGUACGGAAGUGAGGAUUUUUGGAGGAACAAAAGAUCGACAAGUCUUACCGACAGGGUUAAAAUAUUUUGCCCAACGGGAGGUUGGGGGUAAUUCUAUCACGAUUGGAUUCGGUCACGUAAUCGACUUUGUUCAAUCUGUUGUAGGAGAUGUUGUUGAUGGAACAGAUCAUACACAUUUUGGGAUCCAGCGCCCAGAGAUUGGCCUCAGGGAUCCAGAGACAGGAAAUAUCGUGGAGACAAUUCACUCGGAUGUUCCAGAUUUACUUAGCGUACAUGGCAGCAUCGCAAAGUCUGACUAUACCGCUCCACAAGCAAGCCUAGUGGCCUACUUUGCUAGAGGCCAACCCUUCCCAGGAGAUCCUGCACUUUCCUGGACUCUGAAUUGUGAGAAAGGGACUAUUCGAUUGAAUUCUCCCACGGGGAUUGCUUUACAAGCAAACGCGUAUGAAUCAGACGUUACUAUUUCUGUUCAUCUAUUUGAGACAGACAAGGUAGAACAGAUUGCAUGGGCAUGGUCCGAGGCUCAGCUAGACGUCCCAAUGCGAGCACGGUCAGUGCAGACUUGUCUGGUAAACAUUGCUCAGGGAUAUAAAGAAGGAUACGUUUCUCUGGAAGAUGCCGCAAAUAGAGCCAGACAGAUUUCUAAGUGGCUAGACUCUUUCCCCGCAUAG